GGGGGCGGUGGCGCCCCCCGGGACCGGGGUCGGGACGGGCGCGCUGCUCCCGCCGUGCGGCCGCCCGGGGGGGGCUCCCGGCGGGCAUGGAGCGGCCGGCGAGCAACGGGAGCUGCCCGGGCUGCCGGCUGGAGGGGGGCCCGUCGGUGCGAGCCGCCACCACCUUGGCUGCCGUGCUCAUCUUCACCAUCGUGGUGGACGUGCUGGGCAACGCUCUGGUCAUCCUCUCGGUGCUGAGGAACAAGAAGCUCCGCAACGCCGGCAACAUCUUUGUCGUCAGUUUGUCUGUUGCAGACCUUGUAGUUGCCGUUUAUCCAUACCCUCUGAUCUUGAGUGCCAUUUUCCAUAAUGGAUGGACCAUGGGAAAUGUUCAUUGCCAGAUCAGCGGGUUCCUGAUGGGCUUAAGUGUCAUUGGGUCCAUUUUCAACAUCACGGCAAUCGCAAUCAACCGCUACUGCUACAUCUGCCACAGCCUUCGGUACGACAAGCUCUUCAACCUGAAGAACACCUGCUGCUAUCUCUGUCUGACCUGGAUACUCACAGUGGUGGCAAUUGUGCCAAACUUCUUCGUUGGCUCCUUGCAGUAUGACCCCCGGAUUUACUCUUGCACCUUUGCCCAAACGGUGAGUACAUCUUACACCAUCACAGUGGUGGUAGUUCACUUCAUCGUCCCACUGUCCAUUGUGACGUUUUGCUACCUACGGAUCUGGAUUUUGGUGAUUCAAGUCAAACACCGGGUGAGACAAGACUGCAAGCAGAAGCUCAGAGCAGCUGACAUCCGGAAUUUCUUGACUAUGUUUGUGGUUUUUGUCCUUUUCGCUGUGUGCUGGGGGCCAUUAAACUUUAUUGGCCUUGCUGUUUCAAUUAAUCCUUCAAAAGUGCAGCCACACAUUCCAGAAUGGCUUUUUGUCUUGAGCUAUUUUAUGGCCUAUUUUAACAGCUGUCUCAACGCUGUGAUCUAUGGGCUUCUUAACCAGAAUUUCCGGAAGGAGUACAAAAGGAUACUGCUGACACUCCGAACUCCCAGGCUGCUGUUCAUCGAUGUGUCCAAGGGGGGGACAGAAGGGAUGAAAAGCAAGCCAUCUCCAGCUGUAACAAACAACAACAACCAAGCUGAAAUACACUUAUGAGUCAGAACACUACUAUUUAUUCUGGAUUACAGUUGUAUAUGUAAUAUAUGAGCUUUUCGAUGUGUGCAUUUCACAGCUGGUGUUGCUGGGCCACUCAUACAAGGAAGGAGUCUGCUACCUUUCAUGCUUAGCUUCUCGCUGUGACGUUGAGGCUUUGAGUAAGGAUUUUCAGAAUGGAAAUGGCUGAUCUUUAUUUUUUUCCUAUGCCAUCUUUCACCUUGUGCCUAAUUAAUUGGUUUGGUUGCUUUUGCCACAAGCAUGCCAAUACCCUUGAAAGGGAAGCAUUCAGAGUGCAUGGAGAAAUGCAAUUAUGCUUGAAAUGCAACCUUCAAGAGCCAGCAAAAUCGCCAUGUAUAACAAACAAAUCUUUCUCCCCUCCCUCUGAAUUAUAUCUUUUGGGCACUAACAUAACCAAAACUAUAGCAAACAAAGUAUAAACUGCAUGACUUUUACCUUUUCAGUUAGGUGACAGUAUUAGCCAGCAAGCAUACAAAUGGCCGUGAUGACUUCCACUGUGCGUGAGUUCGGUUUCCUUUGUCUCUUCUCUUAAGUUUUAGACGCUUGCCUGGGCUGUAUGUGAGGCAGGCAAAAGCCAAGCCCGGUGAGUGUCUGAAGCACUCAUUUUAUUGAAUAUCUACAGAUAUUAAGUACCCUUGCACUUUCCUUCUCAGGCGAUGAGUAAGAGAAUAACAUAUAUAACAUAAUCCGAUUGCAGGAAUAUACUUGGAGCCUGAUUCCAAUCUAGGUGGUACCCUGUCAUGGCCAGCGUUCAUUCCAAACAUCUUUCAGAAGACCCUCCUACAUGAACAUCAUAAAAACGAUGAACAUAGCAGAGUUGCAUCUGAUUAAUACAGAUGCCAGCUUUUAAGUUCUAGUAAUAUUUGCGCUUGCAGACAAAGGGAGAAGGGAAAGGAAGUGUUUGUUCCAAACAUCUCCCCUUUUGCCCACCACAUAAUAUAAAUUUGUUAGAGAGGAAGGGGAAUUUUUUCCCGCUUUAUUUUGUGUGCAAAGCUGUAAUUAACUCAUGGAUCUGGAAGAGGAGAGUAACUUCAGCAUAUUCACACAUCAGUUCUCAGUGAAAGCCUGAACUCCACUAUCUUUGACAUUGGAAAUAAUGUCCUGAAAUGCUGGGAAGACCAAUAUCACAUACGAAACAAGCACGUGGGUAAAGAUAAGGCUGUUUCUUUAAUUGGGGUGUCUGUCUUUAAAUAGGACUUCUUUUUUUCCGCAGCUUCAUUGUGAGUUCAUCUCCUCAUGGUUUUAAAUGGGUGGAUCCUGCUUUGAAAAGGUCCUAUAAAAACAACAGGUAAAACUCCCCUGCUGCAACUCUACCUUCAAGCUAGCAAACCUGGCUUGAUGUUGAUAUAGGGAGAGGCACAGUGGGAGCUGUGCAAUGGAGAGGAGCAGGGCUGAGCCCUGUGGGUCUAAUGAGGACAGCAGUCAGCCUUGCUCUGGAUCAAAGAGUGCAGUCUUUGAUCGUAGUCAAAGUAGGACUACUUCCCAGGGCUGAACCCUGAAACACUGAGCGCUAGGUUUCAAUAGCAUGUAGGUGCGUAGAGAUGAAGGAAUGUAGGAUUUACAAAAACUCCGAGCAGGCUACGUGCCUAUUCCUUAGUGGAGUUAACCAUUUGUGCUUUGCUUCCUGAAAGCAACUUGUUGCUGAAUGUCCCUUCUGCUGUUUUUUGGAGGGAAGAGAAGUUGAGAGAAAUUAAGACCCUUCAUGAAGUGGGACAAGAAACAUAGC